UAUCCAUUUUACAGAGUUCUGUGUCUGCCCAUUAAGGCCAUGGAGAAGAGGUUGGAAGGUAACGUCAGCGUCAGCUCUCUGAAUAUCCUGGGAGACUUCCUUAGAAAAGCUGCCAAGCCUCUGGGCCAUCUUCACUUCCUCUACAUGUGUGCCUGCCUCAACGCCCUUUGUUCUCAUCAUGCAGAUGCCAGCUGGAGCGGAAGUGCUUGCCAGCCAGGGAAAUAUCUGCGUGCGGGGCACUUGAGGUCAUUAGAUGGGGUCCGUUUGCAUCUACUGGAAGGAUCCCAUUCUUUGCUGUCUUGCGAAGCGGCUUGCUGUCAGAGCCCAGCCUGCAAUGGCUUCUGGCUCAUGGGAAAUACAUGCAUCCAGGUGAACUGUACCAACCCCAAGUGGUGUCAGGCCCUUUGGACUGAUAGCGCCGACUCUUUUGUGAUGUUUAUAACAAACUCUGAGCAUGGAUUCAAUUUCCAGCCAGCCCUGGAGAGGAGAGAUCCCCUUCUCAAGAGAUUGGACUGGAUGGUGAGACACCAGAGCCAAGAAAGGGUACGGAGAUCCUUCAGAGACUUGCCACUGCAGAGACAUCGCUUUGCAGCCACCAGGGGAAACUCUCUGAAGAGGGACACCAGCUCCGGCAGUGGAAGUCCUCCAGCCCACCCAGUUCCACUUCAGCCCCCUGAGAAUAAAUCUCCCCAUCAAGAUCAUGCAAAGCCUCAGUCUUCAGAGCAAGAUGCAACUCUUCCCAGGGACAUUAAUUUGGAAAAAAUCCUGCUGCCAAACAGUGAAGAUCUGAGGGGUCCAAAACCCAAAAGCCUUUCUCCUCCCGUCAGCAAUAAUGUGAGCAGGCUGAGUGACCUUGCUGGGAAUGGCUCUUUGGGGGCGCCCACACCUGGACCCUCUCCAGCAGCCACGUCCCCCAGUCCUCUUGGAGAUCCUGAGCAUUUGAAGCCACCCAACACCACGUCUAUCCAUCCUUCUUCCUUGGAGGAAGCCCUUCCUACUUCUAGCAUCCUUCAAGGAAAGGGAACUGGGAAGAUACAGCAGGUCACUCUUAUUCCAACCGACGCUCCCAGCAACAGUAGUGUUACAGCAACUGCGACAAAUCCUUCUGUGCUGCUCAGCACUGCCAUCCCGACCCCAGUUAUUAAGAAGCUGGCAGUUUCGGCUGGAGACAGCGUCGAGGUGACUCUGCCAAAGAACGAGGUGGAGCUGAAUGCAUAUGUCUUGCCUCCAGCGCCUAAAGGAACCAGCUACUCCUAUGACUGGAGGCUGAUCACGCACCCAAAAGACUACAGUGGGGAAAUGGAAGGCCAACACUCGCAGAUCCUCAAGUUAUCCAAGCUCACAGUCGGCCUGUAUGAGUUCAACGUGAUAGUGGAUGGUGAUAACGCACAUGGAGAAGGAAUGGUGAAUGUGACAGUUAAACCAGAGCCUCGAGUGAAUCAGCCGCCGGUGGCCGUCGUGUCUCCCCAGUAUCUGGAGAUCUCGCUGCCGACCACCUCUACCGUCAUUGAUGGCAGCCAAAGCACUGAUGAUGACAAAAUCGUCAGCUACCACUGGGAAGAACUGAAGGGCCCGCUUCGGGAGGAAAAAGUAUCCGCAGAUACGCCUAUUCUGAAACUGACCAACUUGGUGCCAGGGAAUUACACGUUCAGCCUCACUGUGGUGGACUCCGACGGCGCCAGCAACUCCACCACGGCCAGCCUCACCGUGAACAAAGCAGUGGAUUAUCCCCCCGUCGCAAACGCAGGCCCGAACCAAGUCAUCACACUGCCCCAAAACUCCAUCAUCCUCUAUGGGAACCAGAGCACAGAUGACCAUGGUAUUGUCAGCUACGAAUGGUCCCUCAGCCCCAACAGCAAAGGGAAAGUGGUGGAGAUGCAGGGAGUGAGGACUUCGACCCUGCAGCUCUCAGCCAUGCGGGAAGGUGACUACACCUAUCAGCUGACGGUGACCGAUUCUGCUGGCCAUCAGUCCACCGCCGAGGUGACGGUGAUUGUGCAACCUGAGAACAACAAGCCCCCCAAGGCCGACGCUGGUCCUGACAAGGAACUGACCCUCCCAGUCGACAGCACGACCCUGGAUGGAAGCAAGAGUUCAGAUGACCAGAAGAUUGUCUCUUAUCUUUGGGAGAAAACACGGGGCCCAGAUGGUGUGAAACUGGAGAAUGCCAACAGCAGCGUGGCCACCGUCACGGGGCUGGAGGUUGGGACGUACGAAUUCACGCUGACCGUCAAGGACGAACGGAACCUGCAGAGUCAAGGCUCAGUCAACGUCAUCGUCAAGGAAGAGAUCAAUAAGCCGCCCGUGGCCAAGAUCGCCGGGAACGUGGUCGUCACCCUUCCGACCAGCACCGCGGAGCUUGAUGGCUCCAGGUCGACAGAUGACAAAGGGAUCGUCACCUUCCUGUGGACCCGGGAUGAGAACAGCCCCGCGGCUGGGGAAGUAUUAAACAGUUCGGACCACCACCCAGUGCUUUUCCUCUCUAACCUAGUGGAGGGAACAUACACGUUCCACCUGAGAGUGACGGAUGCCAAAGGAGAGAGUGAUCUGGGGAGGGCCACCGUGGAAGUCAAACCUGAUCCAAGGAAGAACAAUCUCGUGGAGAUGAUACUCGACGUGAACGUCAGCCAGCUGACCGAACGGCAGAAGGGCAUGUUCAUCCGUCAGAUAGGUGUCCUUCUAGGUGUCCUGGAUUCGGAUAUCACUGUCCAGAAGAUUCAGCCGUACACUGAACAGAGCACUAAAAUAGUGUUCUAUGUGUGGAACCAGUCUCGACACCAGCUUUUCGGAGGACACGACGUUGCAUGGACCCUCAAGAGCGAACUGUGGAAGCAACAGCCGGGCUUCCUCAUCUUCCGGGCCCUGGAGAUCAACACAGUCACCUGCCAGUUGAACUGCUCAGAUCACGGGCACUGCAACUCCUUCACCAAGCGCUGCGUCUGCGACCCUUUCUGGAUGGAGAACUUCAUCAAAGUGAAGAUGGGCGACGGGGAGAGCAACUGUGAAUGGAGUGUCCUCUAUGUCGUCAUUGCCUCCUUUGUGAUCGUGGUCUCCGUUGGGAUCUUCCUUUGGGUGCUGGUCUGCUGCUUCAAGAAGCGUAAAGUGAAAUCCAAAAGGAAGAGUAAAUACAAGAUCUUGGAUGCCACGGAUCAAGAGAGCCUGGAGUUGAAACCAAAUCUCAAAGCAGGAAGCAAGCAGAAACCCCAGGCCCAGAACACCAGCCUCAUGCACUCCGAGUCGGAGCUGGAUAGCGACGAAGCCAUCUUUACGUGGCCGGACCGAGAGAAGGGAAAGCUGCUGCACGCCCAGAAUGGCUUUCUGCACAACGGGCAGGUGACGCCUAAGAACCAGCGGGAAGAGAUCCUAUAGCUGUCGGUUGUCGGGCAGGAAGGGUUGGAUGGACGACGACGACGACAACAACACAGAAGGCCAGUCCACUCAUCGGACGCAUGAGAAAGGUCUGGAGGAACCCUGUGUUCUUUGAAGGAUCGUGCUGCUAAUAUAUUUCACGGAGACUACCUUUUGUUUACCACUGAUCUUUAAAAACAAAAAAAUUCCCCCCAAGUCUAACUGCCUGUACUUGAACUUGGACUUCAAGGGAAAUUUUGAAAUUUAAAAAAAAAGAAGAAGAAGCAAGCUGUGAAACCAAGACUGUGAAGGGUAGACGCUGGUUCUUGAAUGCUCCGGGAGUGAAAUCUACCCCUGUGGAAAGGACUACCGUGCCUUGCAAGUCGCGGGACUGCAAAGCAAACACCCUGCAAUCCAUUCGGAGGCCCAUGUGCCACGGAGGCCCAUGUGCCGUCUCCUCCCCGUGCCUCCUGUUGUGGGCCGUAGUGGGUUUCUUCUCAAGAGUGGCAACCUGGGCCUUGCCAGACGCUGUUCUUUCGAAAGCCCUCGCUCGGCGACGGGGGGAGAGCCCUCUGGGUUCUGCUCCGUCGUCGUCGCUUUCAGACUCCACCCGAUUCCUCCUCCCGAAAGCGAGGAGGUGGCUGGCCGUUGUCGUCCCUUGUGCAAGAGACAACACUGGGAUUGCAGGUUUGGGGGUGGUGGACUCUUUUCCGACUGUCACGGGUUUUCUCUCCUUUUGUUUUAAAUCACUCUUAGUCUUGCCACGGGUGGGAAGGAUGGAGCGGACGCCUUUGUGCCCGUGAAGUUCCUCAGCCCCUGGCCCUGCUCCACGGCACCGCGCACUCGCGCGGGAGGCCUUCCCCUUCUUAGUCGCUCACACUGUAAAAGGGCAAACUCUGUGGGGUCCCAGCCGUGUCUUUGCGUGAAGCGAAGGCGACAGCUUUGGCUAGAUGGAUGCCCUUUAGUCCCCCCAGGAGCUAAAGCCCACUCCUGACUCCUCCGACUUUGCUCCUCCUUAUUUAUUAUUUACAUAUUCCUCUUGUGAAUCUCCUGGGAAACGUUCGUUGCUCAGCCUUGCCUUGUGUUUGUAAACCUGGUGUUUGCUGUUGAACACCUGGUGGAGAUGAAGAGUUUUGCACACUGUACGGAACCCACGUUCCUUCUCCCUGUUGAGUCCACUGGAAGAUGCCUAGUUAGGUGAUAAUUGUGUGCAUACUGUAUGUUUGUGAUUCACUCUCGCACACCCCGCUCCUCCUCUCCGUGUUGCCCAAUAUCUCUCUAAAGGUGAACACGGCUAUGAUCAAUAGAUCCUGCUUCUGUCUCCCCCUCUCCCCAGGCUCCCCAUUUAAGGCCAAAAACUGGAAUUCCCUGCAUUUUCCAAGCCAGGGAAUGCUCGAUGGCUUCCCCCCCUCCCUUAGCCAUGUGGGUUUCUCCCCACUAAGGCCGGCAGGCCAAAGUUGAAGAGUUUGCAAUGCUGAUUUUUAGUAAAAGGGCAGGAAUAGGAGAGGAUGUUAUAAACUUACAGGGCCCAGAUCAGUGUGGGGUUGGGAGGAGGGAGGGAUAAGAAAAAAGUGACCCCCCCCGGAAUAAAAAGGGAAUUGUCCAUCCUUGCUUGAGAUGAGAAAAUAAGUUUUCAAGUUUUCUUGGGCUCUGUUUACACUGUUGCACUACUGAUUUGUUGAAGGUGAUGAAGAUUAAAUACAAUACUCCGCUUGUGGGGACAUCUUUCCCCCUUGA